AUGGAUGAAGAGUAUGAUGUAAUAGUGCUUGGGACUGGUCUCAAGGAGUGCAUUCUCAGUGGUCUUCUCUCUGUAGAUGGACUCAAAGUUUUGCACAUGGACAGAAAUGACUACUAUGGAGGAGAAUCAACUUCUAUCAAUCUUAAACAGCUAUGGAAGCGUUUCAAGGGAGACGAUCAGCCUCCAGAAAGCCUAGGCUCCAGCAAGGAUUAUAAUGUUGAUAUGGUACCCAAGUUUAUGAUGGCCAACGGCGGUUUGGUCCGUGUUCUUAUCCACACAGAUGUUACCAAGUAUCUUAACUUCAAAGCUGUUGAUGGUAGUUUUGUGUACAACAAGGGGAAGAUCUAUAAAGUUCCAGCAACUGAUGUUGAAGCGCUGAAAUCACCUUUGAUGGGACUGUUUGAGAAGCGCCGUGCUCGAAAAUUCUUCAUUUAUGUCCAAGAAUAUGAAGAUGAUGAUCCAAAAUCUCAUGAAGGCCUGGACUUGAACAAAGUUACAGCAAGAGAGAUUAUCUCAAAGUAUGGGCUUGAAGAUGAUACAAUUGACUUCAUUGGUCAUGCCUUGGCACUUCAAAUUGAUGACAGUUAUCUGGAUCAACCAGCUAUGGAUUUUGUGAAGAGAAUUAAGCUUUAUGCGGAGUCUUUAGCACGUUUCCAAGGAGGUUCUCCUUAUAUUUACCCUCUAUAUGGACUGGGGGAGUUGCCACAGGCAUUUGCACGUUUAAGUGCUGUUUAUGGUGGAACUUACAUGCUCAACAAGCCAGACUGUAAGGUAGAGUUUGAUGGUGAUGGAAAAGCUAUUGGUGUGACAUCCGAAGGAGAAACUGCUAAAUGUAAAAAGAUUGUUUGUGAUCCAUCAUAUUUGCCUGAUAAGGUUAAAAAGGUUGGAAAGGUUGCUCGUGCAAUAUGUAUAAUGAACCAUCCAAUUCCAGACACAAAAGAUUCUCAUUCAUGCCAGGUUAUUUUGCCACAGAAGCAACUCGGUCGUAAAUCAGACAUGUACCUUUUCUGUUGUUCAUAUGCUCACAAUGUAGCUUCAAAAGGACUAUACAUUGCUUUUGUUACAACAGAAGCUGAAACCGAAAAUCCUGAAGUUGAGCUGAAGCCUGGCAUCGAUCUUCUUGGACCUGUAAAGGAGAUGUUCUUUGACACUUACGAAAGAUUUGUGCCAAUAAACAACCAUGAAGCUGAAAACUGUUUCAUAUCUACUAGUUAUGAUGCAACAACACACUUCGAAACCACUGUAACGGAUGUGCUACAGAUGUACAGCAAGAUUACUGGAAAGGAACUUGAUCUGUCUGUGGACCUGAGUGCUGCUAGUGCUACUGCUAAUCAAUGA